UCUGCUAUCCAUAAUCCUAAAAUACUGAAGAAGAAAAAAUAUAACUCCUUCAAAAUCUCCAAAUUAGGAAUGGAAUUCAAUUUUUUAAAAUUUGUUCACAAACAAACAAAAUAGCUUUUCUGACCGGAUAGUUUUGUCACAAAAUCUGUUUACAAAUAUGGCUAUUCAAGCGCAUUUGUAUUCGGAGAAUCUCGGGUUUUCGUUAGGGAGUUUGCAUGAUUUAAUGGAUGAUAAUGCUUGUGGAUUCAAUCAAUUUUUCGUUAAUUCUCAACCGGAGCAGCAGCAGCAACAGCAACAACAACAACAACAACCAUAUUUGUUACAAAUCCAACAGCAGCAGUUUCAAAUUCUGAAUCAGAAAAAUAAUAUUCAGAAUUUGAAUUCGUCGAAUUCGUCAAGUUCGACUGUGUUUCAUCAUAAUCUGGCUUCCCAAUUUGAGAAACAGAGAGUAGAGAUUGAUCAGUUCGUUAGUUUACAGAACGAGAGAUUGAGAUUGGCUCUGCAAGAACAGAGGAAGCAACAACUGGCAUUAAUCUUGAGAAAUUACGAAUCAAAGACUCAUUUAUUACUGAAACAAAAAGACGAAGAAAUUGUGAAGGCUUGCAACAGGUCGAAAGAGUUGGAAGAUUUCUUGAAAAGGAUAGAAAUGGAGAAUCAAACAUGGCAGAGAAUCGCGAAUGAGAACGAAGCCAUUGUUGUUUCUUUAAACAACACAAUUGAACAAUUAAGAGAAAAUGCAUGUUUUCAAUCAACCAAUGUAGGUGAUGCAGAGUCUUGCUGUGAUGUACAACCAAUUGAGGUCAAAGUACAAUCAUUGCAGCAAGAACAAACAAUAAAGAUGAUGUGCAAAAGGUGUAAUUCUAGUAAGUCGUGCAUGGUUUUUUUGCCUUGUAGACAUCUUUCUUCAUGCAAAGAUUGUGAAACUUGUCUCCAUUCAUGUCCUCUUUGUAACAUGGUCAAAAAAGCAACUAUAGAGGCUUUGAUUUGAUCUUCUUGCAAAAUGACAAAAGUGUUCUAAGGUUUUGGUUAAUUUAAAUUUACAUCGCAAAUUCUACAAAA